AUGGCAGCGGCCGCGAUCGCCGAGCGUCCCGACGUGGCCGAGAAAAGGAAGAAAGAGAGGAAGGAGGGAAUUUCGCCGGAGGAAAAACCGGACGUGUCGCCUGGGAUCUUCGACGUAGAUAAGAUUACUCGAAUGGAGGAUGUCAGGAAUCUUAUGAUAAAAGACUUGCAAGAGGAGAUUCGAUUGGAACAGCACAACGAGAAACGAAAAGCGGAAACGGAAGCGGAAGAAGAGGCGAACCGCCAAAGGCAGCUGAAACAAACACACGCUGUACUUUCUCGACAUUGGACAACGUUCGCGGAGAACAUGCUCCAGUUGGAACAAGAAGAAAACUGGGCACGGUACAUGACUUGCGAUGGUCUGCCAGAUCCUGGUUCGCUGCCCGACAUGAAUACGUUCUUGUUCCUCUGGUCGUUGAAGGGCGAAGAGGCGACUAUGAGUACUAUAGAGGAAAAGUGUCGAGUGAUCACGCACAUCGCUGCUAAGCUGCGGGCCGAGCUUCAACGAUGGAUUGAUCUCGCAUGUUAUCAACUGUUGCGUAACAUCGAGGCUAAUAUGGUCCGAGAAGACACGAACAUCACUAGAUACAUUUGCGUGACGAACAAAGCGGUGUGUUGCGUUUGGGCUCCGAUCACGCUGCCCAUAGGGCUUAAGCGACAAGCAAUGGACAGAGAACGACCAUCUUUAUUCGUACCAAGGAAGACAAUCGAAAUCGAAUUCGAAGAAAUGAAGCUGACGAUUAAGAUGCCGAGCGAUUUUGAUUGCCAUCAAAUGGCAAUCAGAGGCCUUUGGCUUGCUUACGAUCAUCACUCGGUUGAAGCGGAUUCCUAUCGCAUGCCUCUGUUACCGGACUAUUUGUUCGAUCUGUGGAAUCCUUCUCUCGACGUUUUGGAAUACUCGGCAAAGGAGCACGGAGAAAAGCUUCGGCUACGUGAGGAGCAAGCGGAGGAACGACGUCUACGUUUAGAGGAGAAGAAAGCGAUACUCGGAAGAAUGGAGUAUCCGCCUGUUUCGCCGCGGCGCGACAAGAAGAAGAAACACGGCAGGAAACAGGCGAAAGGACGAAAUUCGGCGAAAGACCACGAGUUGGAGUUCGAAGCGACGUUAGCCACGAUGUUGCCUUCGAGAGCGGAACUGUUACCCUAUUUACCGACUCCGAGCGAGAUAAUUCGAGAAGCCGAAGAGAAAUCCAUGUCGGAAAGCAAGAGACUGCUCUUUACUCGAUGCGAGAAGACGGAGGUGAAUUUGCGAAAAUACAGGAUCCUCGGCGGAGUGUUUCGCGUAGAUCUGCUUUAUCAACCGCCUCAACCGAAAGAUCUUGGAAAAGAUACCUGCCUGACUACUCUCGAAUUACCAAAGGAGCCGAGAUUCGUACCGUUUCUUCGAUCGUACGAGACGCCUCAGCCAGCACCGGACUCCGAGAGAACGCCGGAAGUCAUCGAGGCUGAGAUGAAAGCCCUCGAACUAGCGAUGGACGCGCUCAUCUUGCUCACCCUCAAGUUGCCCGAGACUGUUUUCUGGUUUGAGCCGCCGGUGGUCGCUCAUUGGUUACCGGAGAAGAAAAUGUGGUCGACGAAGUACGUGCACGACGUGAAGUAUAACGAGGAGAAACAAACGAUCGCGUUUCGUGUCGGAAGAUUAGGAAUCCACGGACUGGCGGGAUACAAAUUCGCGAAUCUUCCGUUUCAAAGUUGGGAAUUGAAACCGGAAACGGGGAGAAGUGGUCGCCUUCACGCCGGUGUGGUUCUCACCGUUACAGCUGCUACAGUUCAAGCUGAGUUCGUUAUCAGGCUGUUGCAACAAGAUGGAUUGGACCUCUUCCCAGAACGGGAUGCUGCCAGCUACUUAAAAGGACUGCCGAUCAAACAUCCGAUCACCGAGAGACACUUGAGAGAGUGCAUGGCUCUAUUGUCUACCUCGUACGUCUUUUCUUGGUCACGAUGGAACGCGACUCGCAGUUUUCGAGAGAUAGUCUUGCAAUUUAAAGAGAUACACGGUUGCGUCGCAAAAGAGCGUACGAACCUGAUGCUGUUGGUAACACCUUCGCGGACCAUGCGUAUACGCUCCACCGAGAUGAGCCCCGAAUUUUCCGACUUGCCCCUCGAGGAAGAAGACACCAAGUUUUACGCCGAUCUGUAUCAGUUGGCGUUGAACACCGCCGGGAUCAAGACCCGACUGUUGAUAGAACAGAUCUCGUACAAAUUGGCGUCAACGGUUGCCCGACUUCUCGAACGUACCAACGUUAUCAGCAUGUCGUCUUAAACUCGAUCGAUAAACGCAGACUAUAUGUCCUAAUAAGUAGUCUAAAUUUCCAAGCUCAAAUAGCUCAAAUUCGUAGAGAUCUUCGCAAAGAUCUUUAGUUACCAAUAAUAAUCGGUCGGUCAAUAAUCACU